AUGCCCCCUUCGUCGUCCGCUGCCAAACUUGCGGACGACACCUCCUACUCGGAUCUGGUCGCUCAGCCUUCCCCGCUCUCCUCUCAUUCUUCGUCCACUUCGCUGGCAGACCAAGGCCUGGGAUCAUCCGAUUCCUCCACCUCCUCUUCAUCUUCAUCUUCUUCCUCCAAAUCAUCAGCCAAGAAGGGGCGCUACAGAGCAUCGACCGCCUCGACCACGUCAUCGCCCGCACUGCUGGGCCUUCUCAACAAAUCGUCCGUCGCCCCGACCCCUGCACCGUCUCCCUCGCUACGCGGCUCGCCAUCGACUGCACGACGGCUGCUGGGCCUCUCGCGCUCGCCGCAGCCGCAGCGCAAGAAGUCGAUGCCGCCCAUCGGCUCGAGCCUGCCAUCUUCGCCCUCGUGCCAUCACAAUCCACAGGGGCGACGCUGGCUGGACGACGAGGGGGACGAUACCAACGACGACGACGAUGACUACGAUGACGACCCCAACAUCUUCUCUCCCCGCGUUGAAGACGAUGACCGUGCCGAGGACUGGGAUUUCCUGAGGAAGAAGAGGGACGAAGACAUGGGCAAGCACGAAAUGCACGACCGCUGUUUCUCCUCGUCCGUCUGGUGCAAUGUGUGCAAACGCAAGCUCAAGGGCAAGGGCAAGCAGAGGCAAGGCAAGAUGUGCACGGUGUGCCGAUACGUGAUCCAUCACGAGUGUGAGACCGGCGCCGAGCGAAACUGCCCGACCACCUUCUCCGUCUAUCCGCUCCCGUCGGCCUCUCCCGAGGAGGUGCGGCGGAUGGGCCAUGCGUGGAUCGAGGGCAACCACUCCUCCAGUCCGUGCAUUUUUUGCACCAAAGAGGUGUCGGGGAGGGACAUGGUGGGCAGUCGGUGCUAUUGGUGCCUGGGCGUGGCCCACAACGAGUGCCGCGACCAGAACGUGGGCGUGGUCUGCGACUUUGGCGAACUGCGGAGCCUCAAGCUGCCGCCCUACGCCAUCUACCGCACGGGCAGGGAAGAGCCCGAGCCCGCUUGGCAGUUGGAGCCUGCGUAUUUGAGCGGGACGGAUUGCAAGCCGCUCCUGGUGUUCAUCAAUCGCAUGUCCGGCGGUCAGCAGGGUCCCGGCGUCAUCCAGCGUCUCUCCUCCCUGCUCAACCCCAACCAGAUCAUCGACAUUCGGCAAGGCGGUCCGGCGGUGGGUCUGAGCAUAUUCAUGCCGCUCAUCGAAAAGGCCAACGGCUUCCGAAUCCUCAUCUGCGGAGGCGACGGCACUGUCAACUGGGUGUGCACGGCGCUGGCCAAGAUCCAGUUCCCCACCGAGGAGUCGAUGCCCCAGCUGGGGCUGCUGCCGCUGGGCACGGGCAACGACCUCUGCGGAUUCCUGGGCUGGGGCACGGGCUACACCGGCGGCGAUCUGUACAAGAUCAUCGAGCGCAUGAACGCGGCGGUGCCCAUCAAGCUCGACCGAUGGAAGGUGCGGAUCAUGGAGACCGCCAUCCUCAAGGGCUCCAAGAUCAUCUCCUUCAAGAAGAAGCACACGGCGCCGGCGCUCCACGCCGCCCACUCGGUCUCGGGCGCCGCCACUCCGAUGGCGUCGGCGUCGUCGACUGUCGACCAUGGCGCACUUCUCCGCUCAGCGCCGCCUAAAAUGUCGACGUACCAUGACCAGCUGCGCGAUUCGGCGGCAUCGCUGUCGUCAUCGUCAACGGCCUCGUCGCCGCCGACAUCGCCGCCGCCCCAGCGCCGCCCGCACUCGCCCAAGCCCGUGCGCAAGCUCGACUUUGGUGGCCCCGACUCGAAGGAGGAGGACGAGCAGGAGCAGGCCGCCGAUGGUGGUGGCCACAGAGACAGCCUCGCGGCGUCGCCGACCAAGGCCACCGGCACGUCGCCGCGUCGUGGCUCCCCGCGCAAGCCGCUGCCGCAGCUGCCGCGCAGCUUCUCGACGAUGGCGGCGGUGGGCUCGCACUCGAACGCCGGCGGCGCGCGGGGCGAGGCCGCGGCGCCCGCCAUGGUCCCGCCGCUGCCGUCGGUCACCUCGGCCGUACUACCCACCUCGCCGCCUUCGCCCUCGGUCGUCGCCCGCAACGAGGCCAAGCGGGCCGCCGCGCAGCAGCAGUCCGAUGCCGAACAGCUGCAGUUCGAGGAGAGCGACGAGAACGCCGUCGACGAAGUCCACCUGCACGCCCGCGAGCUGCAGUAUGACCAAGUCGCGACCCCCGGCAACGGCGGCACCGACCACCACGCGCAUACGGACAGCGUCGGUGGUGAUGGUGUCGGUAGUGAUGCCUCUGGCCAGAAGAUGCGCUCGGCGCCGAAGGCACACAGCGAGGAGAACUCGACGGUGCUGGAUGUCGACUGGGCCACGGUGGACGACAAGCGACGGCGCAUUGAGAACGGCGACGACGACGACAGCGAUGGCGACGGUGAGCCUGGGCGAGAUGACAGCCCGCGCGUCGAUCCCGACGAACUGGCAACGACGCCAGCUGGCCAGCACACCGACACCGACACCGAUACUGACAACGACAACGACAACGACAGCAAUAACGACAAUAACGAACAGAACGGAACGAACAAGGAGGACGAAGAAAGUGCAACGCUGUCGCUCAAGUCGUUCCAUCACUCCUUCUCGCUCGGUGUCGAUGCCAAGAUCAGCAUGGCCUUCCAUCUCGCCCGCGAAGCCAACCCCGACGCCUUCACCUCACGAGGCAUGAACAAAUUCAAGUAUUUUACACAGGGUAUCAACUCCAUCCUCGAAGGCGGCUGCAAGAACCUCUCGCAGGGCAUCGAGUUCAUCGCGAUCGAUGACAACGUCAUCCACGGUGACGAGCUGCCGUCCUCGAUCGAGUCCAUCGUCUUCUCCAACAUUCCCGCCUACGCUGACGGUACGGACCUGUGGGGCAGCGCGAAGCCGUUUGAGAACAUGAAGCCGCAGAAGGUCGACGACAAGAUCAUCGAGGUCGUCGCUCACAAGGGCUCCAUCCACCUCAUCCAGAUCAAAGCCGGCGUGUCCAAGUCGAUAUCGCUGGGGCAGGGGCAGAAGGUGAGGCUGCAGACGAAGGCCAUCCUGCCGAUGCAGCUCGACGGCGAGCCAUGGCUGCAGGGACCGGCGCUGAUAGAAAUAGAGCAUUUCUCCCAGGUCAAGAUGCUGGUGCCCGUCAAGAAGAAGCAACGCCUCACCUCCGAGGGCAAGUGCGACCACUAG